AUGGCGGGGUCAGGUCGGUCGGAUAGGGCCGGGCGGGCCGACGUGGUCAGGUGCGACUGUUUCAUUUAAGUAGACAACUGUUCAUGGCCCCACAACUACCGUAGACCGGCCUGGGACGAGACUUUAAAGCCAGUUUAGUUGACUCCAGAACCCCGCCCCUCCACCACGCGAUUCCGCUGACAUCACAGCCAGCGGCGUUGUUUGUCAGAAGGCCUUCGAGGAAAAGAAGAAGGCGAAGAGACUUCAGCAAGAUGAUGACAUGAUAGCCACCACAAUGCUCAUUAACACAGAUCAAACAGAUCUUGUUUUAUCACACAAAUUGAUAAGUAAGACUGUAAAUGAUGCAACUUGUAAAAUUGACGUUUUUACAAUCCUUAUCGGUUUACAAUCCUUUAACCGUUGAAAGUAAACCCAUUUCUUGCAAAAAAAGAUCAAAGACCAAAAACAUUCUUACUGAUAAAAAUUUAAUAUUUUUCGAUUGGAAAGAAUGUUCCCGGCCAGAUCAGCCUUCGUUUAACCCAUCUCAAGGUUUUGUAUUGCAAAAUUUAAGAAUGUUGGCGAACAAAUUUCUACCACAGUUCAUAAACUGCCCUGGAGUGAUAAAUGGAUUCAAUCAAGGCUUAAGUUUGUAGUUUAUAACAUUUGGAAUCUAACAAUUAUUAUGAAUAGAUGACAAUUUUCUGAGCUUAUGCAUCUAAUUUUUAAAUUAAAAUGUUUUGAAAAUGGCAAAAGAUGUUAGGGUUACGGCAGCCAAGAAAAAGUUAAAGCAAAGUUCCCGGCUGUUCUCAACUCUUCUACCGUAAACAAUAAGAUUCACACAGAAAUGAGACCGUAACAAGGCCUUGAAACGAUUAAAAAUAACUCUGAAGUCGUGUUGAUUAUGAGAGCAUCGUCAAUGCGAGAAACCAAAGGUUAGUCGCGUAUUUAUAGUGGUUGGGGGCAAUCAAUCGUCGAACGGGCGAAGGAAGAAGAUGAUCACUCAUCAGCCGAUUAUCCCACCCAUCUUCCCAGGCCCCACGUGGGGUCAAUCGGAAGCAAACAGAGAGGACAACAGUUGUCCCAUCCCCCACCCGUGCUCGGGACGCAUGCCCGGGACAGCCACCACGUGUUCAUCUAUCAAACCCGCUGAGCUUGAUGCUCUUACAGGCGGAAGACGUCUGCUCCCUUAG